GUUUGCCAAUACUGCAGUACUGUUUGAGAUCGCUAGGUGACGCGCAUGUACGGAGCCUUGACCCCGCACGACACCACAGCCAGCCUCGAUCUGAGCUUCACCCCCUGACCCCAGUCUGUCUCCAUCAUGGCGUCAGGGAGGAACGGUGUGCCGCUUGUUUGACAAAUGUUUCAGCCUGCUGACAGCCCCUGCUGAGUUCUUCUCCCCCAUCAAACCGACGAACGUUUGCAGGAAGGUGACAGCUACUACAGGACGGUGUAAGAGCGGUGAAAUCUGGACGGUUUUGGUGAAAAUCGGGCGCCAACAUGUAACGGACCCCGCCAGCCAACAUCAAGCAUUCUGAUCAGCCUCAUCAGGGCUAUAUUCUGUGCAUAGCGAAUCCAAACACUGGGGAGUACUUUGUCAAUUUUGACAGCUCGCAAACAAAGCGUUAUUCCUGUCGGGACGUGCUGGGUCGGCUUGAGUUCCCCGGCAAGGCCAGAAGGAGACUCCAGCUGCGGCCGAGACGCCGACAGGGAUGGAGUUGUACGUGCUCGAGCACCGGCUGCAGGUGGGCAGUAUCCCGCGGGACGCCAUCGCCCCCUUCACGCACGGGCUGGUCAAACUCAUCCUGCUACGGGACAAGACCAAGUGUAAGUUCCUCAGCCUGACCAGAACCGCCGAUGAGUACUCCAUCAUCAUCGACCAGGAAGGUCUGAAGGAACUGGAGCCGCUGAGCGAUCAGCUCAGCCUGGUCAACAGCGUGUGGUACGCGCAGAACGUCUCGGCGGGCGCCUUGGGGAGCGGCACCGGCAAGGCUUCCGGGAUCACCAAGAUCGCCAAGGCGCUCAUCCUCCCGCUAGCCGAGGCGCAGGUCCCUGUCUUCGUCAUGUCCACCUACCAGACGGACUUUAUCCUGGUCCAGGAGAAGGAUCUCGACACGUCUAUCGAGUGCUUACGGUCACAUUUCAAGAUCUUCCGGGAGGUGGAAGGCGAGACCAUCGAGGUGCCCAACAGCGGCUCCAAGGGCGAGACCACGCCCACCCGAGGUGAGACGAACAGCCGAGAAAUCAGCCACCCGUUAGUGGCCCCUCCCACCCGCUUCUCUGUCACUAGCCUGGACCCAGACACUCUCCCUAAGGUUGCCACCAUCCUUCUGGACAUCUUAUUUUAUGCCGACCCCUCCCCGGAAGGGAGCGAUGCCGACUUUUUCUCCUUCUCCAUCAUCGAUGGCGACAUCUCCCUCGUCAUGGAUACGGAAACCUUGACUCGAUUUCCUAGCAACGCCCUGUUUACCUCGGCAACGGGGGAGUGUUGGAAGAUGAUCAAAAUUGGGGCGGUGCCGCUAGGAUUUGACGAGUGCGGGAUUGUAGCGCAGGUGUCUGAGCCGCUAGCGGAGGCAGACAUCUCCAUGUACUACAUCAGUACGUACCGCUACGACCACACGUUAGUGCCAGAGGAAGAAAUGGACGGAGUAGUAAAGGUUCUAUUAAGUAGGAAAGCUAAAAUCAAUGGGGCAGCAUCUUCCGAGGGUAAGGAAGGAGAGGAAGACAAAGACAAGACGCAAUCAUCAAGUUGUACAGAAGGGAUGGAUUGUAGCGAAGCGCCGUCGUCUGCGCCGGUAGAACGAGAAGAAACGAUGGAACAACAAGACCCCACGACAAGCGAACCUGCCAACACUUACUACUGAGCAACUUGAUAGUCAAGCGUAUUCCCCACUGUGAGUAAAAAAGGGUCCACAAGGAUUUUACCUAAUAUCAGCUUGAGCUUCCCCUCUCCCAUAGAAUGACACACGUAGAUCACAUAACACAAAAGCUUCCUGACCGCAGGGUCAAGCCAAGGCAGGAAACAGGCAUGCAGCUCAUUUCCAGGGCACUGGGUGGUCAGUGGGUCAAACUGACCCCUUGUCAGUGGGUCAAAUUGACCCCUAGCUUGGUUCAUUAGCUUACACAGCCCACUUCACAGGUAGUCGCUAAACGUUCCAGGAAAUGGGUGACUCCACCCCUACAGUAGAGUGUAGCAUCAAAAACUCACACCUGGGAAAUAUUGUACCCCCCUGUUAGAGGUGUGAGAGGAGUAUGGUAGAAAAGGGAGAUUUGAGAACUGUUGGUUGGUUAGAGAGUUUUAAACUGUUGUGUGAGAUUUGAAAUGUUCCAAAAUUUGAUGAACAGUCUUGGAGCUAAUAUGUAUUGAUAAGUGUGUAUCCGACUAAAAGAGGAAUGUAUUGCUGCUAUCUGUAUGUGGGCUCUAUUUCAGCAUAUCUUUAACCCUCCAGAAUGCUUGCCAUGGCUCUACAAAGACUACAUCCACAGUUAGAUGUAUCAUUGUCUGAUGGCACUAUGCUUCAGCAUAUACUACACUUGAACAUAGAAUGGAAAUCCUAGGAGUUUAAAAGGAAUACACCACAGAUAACUCUAGAAACAAAAAGUCUGGUGUUCAAAUAUUCUGCUACUGUUAGGAAGAAAGCCCAGUAGGUGCUAUUAAAGUCAAGCAAAGCUGAGGCAGAAUGUCAGGCUAUGUUCAGUCUAGAGCAAAAAUUCACAACUGCAAGUAGGUCAAACUGUAAGGGUAGUAAGACUCCUAAAUAUCUGCUUGCAAGAACCAAGGCUCACAAGAAACUGCAAGAUUCAGCUAGGUCUGAAAUACACCUGUAUCCGCUAAGCUACAGCUUACUACUGUGCCCCUAGUGGGUAUGGAUAUUUUUGGGGCCACUCGCUUGUAAACUCUAGUAAGAAAAUUUAGGCUUUCUCAUGGUACGAACGAGAAUUCUCCCCGAGAAAAGAUUGCAGCAAACCUAAAGGUAAUGUUUUAUAUGUGAUGUCAUCCCAAUGCUACGAAAACCUUUGCUCAGUGUUUGUAUUUUAUCCGUGAUCAAACAUAUGAUCUCAUACUUUUUUUUAAACCUAACCCCACCCGUAUUUGACGACUUUUGGAAUAGUCAAUAUUGGUUGUAGCUGUAUUAUGGCAUGCUGCUAUACUGGAACAAUUAUUCAUUCACUGCCAAAUGAGGACAAAGUCUGGCAUUGAUUGGGUGUAGUUUGUGUAACAGUAUUAUCGUUAACUACCUACAAUUCAAACAUGCACUUUGGCUCCGCCACGUCCAAGUUAAAUUGUUGUAUCACGGGACACAGCCCGCGUGAAAUUUUUAAACUGCAAGUAUACAUACCUGGUAUUGCAUCAGGUAAAAAUUUGAAAUGAAGGCAAAAUUCCUUUUACUUGCACUGCAAUGUUUAAAACACACUAGCAAAAACUGCUUUAUGGAGAUUAUGUCACUUCAGCUUUUGUAGCUUUAAUAUUACAAAUUUGAUGGCAAAGAUAAAAUGAUACUUCCUUGCUAACAGAAGAAAUCCUUUUUAGUCUGAAUCUUAAAACAAAGAUAGAGAAAAAGAAGUUUUAACCCAAGGUUUGAAUGGUGAGGUGUUGUUCAGUGGGACAACAAUAUCACUUGGACCUGUCACACUUAACUGUCUACAAAUCAACUGGAUGUGCCAUACAAGCUGCUAAAAUCUUAUGUUCAAUAUGUCUUGAGUUGUGCCAAUGGAUUCAAUGCUGUUGUUGUUAUUAUUAUUUUUUUAUGUUACCUCAGUGUGUAAAUGCAAUGUUGCCAUUAUUGUUUGAAGUUUUGUUAUAAGAGUUACUCAGUCAGAAAAGAAUUGCAAAAGAAGAGCUCGAAAUUGUUGUUGCCAAUUAUUCUACAAAUCCAGCCCAAUUAAGUGUUCUUAAAUGCUAAUUCUGAAAUGAUUAAUGAAUUAUUCUUGCAAGCAAAAUGAUAUCUUAGACAUAAUAAUUUUUUAUUGUAUCCUGUUUAAGGGCAAUUCCACUUGAAAGGUUCAAGGAUUCUAACAGAAGGGUCAUUUUGUCUUUGUUUUAGAGUAAUUUCAAUGUUUUUAAACACAUUUUUUGCAUUGUCUUUUGCUCUACCAUAUUAUUACAAAUUAUGAAAUACCUACGUAUACCCCCCAUGGACCUUUUGAAUGGAAUGGCCUAAUAUAUUGUCAUAUUUCUGAAAGGAAUUAUCCACCCUGCUUUAAGUAGUUGAUGUUGUAGUUUGUCUAGGAAGGUAACCGCUUUCGACACAAAAUUUCGAGCCCUGUCAAUCUUGUAGAUGGAACAUUUCGUAAUCACGUUUUCCUGCCAAUAAUUUGGCCGUGCUGAUUCGAUCACAAUCACAUGCCUCUCUACACCCAAAAAUCAAUCCUUGUGAUUUAUCAAAUUGUUCUCUCUGUCUGAAAGUAAGCCAGGAAGGUCAAAAUGAUUGUUAAUUCAUUAUCACUACAGUGUGAUAUAUUUGUUAAUCAAUUUGGCAAAACCAGGUGCAUAAAUUUUCUGAACAAAAUUUUUAUAGAAAGGGUGUCCCUUUUCCCAAGAGAAAAAAUAUCUACUAUUAUCAAGCUUUUGCUAGUGCAUGUAUUUUGCAUGAUUAUCCCUUUUUACAUUUUAGCAUAGACAUCCUCCAAUUAAUUGAUGUACUUUUAAUUACUGUCCCGCCCCCAUGUUUAAUGAGCAUUUGAAAAUAAUCAGCACCUAACUGUCAAUGUAUUGUUCUUUGUGUAACUGCCAUUUUGUCCAGUCAUUGUCCCCUACUAGUACAGGCUUUCUAUUCACUUGAAAAGAUUCAAGUGUUUGAACCAGCAUGGCCAAAUUUACAUCAGUAAUUCUGUCUCUACACAAUUCUCUGUCACUUACACAUGUAAUGUUCAUGUAUGAAAAGAAUUAGACAAUGUGGUCUACAUUACAGAUCUAUUUCUUGUAUGUA